CACGUAACGUUACUGGGUGACGUUGACGGUCGCGGUGGACACUUCCUGAUGCUGGUAACCGGGUCUAGCCAGGCCAGCUAACAGAUUUGAUUUUCACGGUUUGGGGAAACCUGUGAGGCACAGCGGGGUCAAGUCGUCUGAUUCAGUUGUGGGAGCAGAAGAGGUCGGACAGCACCAUGAACGGCCAGCUGGACCUGAGCGGGAAGCUGAUCAUCAAAGCCCAGUUGGGCGACGACAUCCGGCGCAUCCCGAUCCAUAACGAAGACAUUACUUAUGACGAGCUGGUGCUGAUGAUGCAGCGUGUCUUCAGGGGGAAGCUGCAGAGUAACGACGAGGUUGCCAUCAAAUACAAGGAUGAAGAUGAUGACCUCAUUACCAUCUUUGAUAGCUCUGACCUCUCCUUCGCCAUCCAGUGCAGUAGAAUACUGAAGCUGACUUUGUUUGUGAAUGGUCAGCCGCGGCCUUUGGAGUCUAGUCAGGUGAAGUACCUGCGCAGGGAGCUCAUUGAGCUCAGGAACAAAGUCAACAACCUCCUGGAUAGCCUGGAGCCCCCCACAGAAACUGGUCUGGCUGCUAAAGCACCUGACAGUGAAUCGGUGGAUGGUCGUGAAGGCCGAAUGAUGGCAGCAGACACCACAGUGAAGCACGCCCCCCCGGUCAGCGCCGCCAGCAUGUCUGCUUUCGACCCGCUAAAAAACCAGGACGAGGUCAGCAAGAAUGUCAUCUCGGCGUUCGGCCUGAGCGAGGACCAUGCGCCAGCUCCUCAAGCGCUCGCCCCAGAGGAGCGCUCAGGAACCCCUGACAGCAUCGCCUCCUCGUCGUCAGCAGCCCCUCAGCCAGUGGGGCCCCCUCAGCCACAGGCCCCCUAUGCCGGAGUGCAGCAGGGAGCCCCAGCUGCCAUGGAUGGUCAGGUGUAUCAGCAGUACCAGGCUCCAGGUGGAUACCCACCUCAGCAGCCGGGCGCCCCCCCUCAGCAGCAGUACAGUAUGCAGUACUCUGAAUACAGCACUCAGCCCGGAGCCCCUCAGCCCGGCCCGCAGCAGCAGCAGCAGCAGUAGUCUAGAACUUGCCUGCUCCCUCCUCCCAAGGUUUCUGCCCCCGCUCCAGCUCCAGCUCCGGGCUUCCAGGGUGGCCAGCAGCAGCCCCAUCCAACACAGGCAGCCCAGCAGUAUCCACCAGGAGCCUUCCCUCCCCAAAACUAUACCUCCCAGGCAUCCCAGCCUGCCAACUACACCCUCCCUCCCAGCACCCAGCCCGGCUCAGGAUACCAGCCCCGCCCGGGGUACACCCCGCCCCCGGGCAACACUGUCACCCCUCCACCAGGAGCUGCUAACCCGUACGCCCGCAACCGCCCACCGUACGGCCAGGGUUACGCCCAGCCGGGCCCCGGGUACCGGUAAAAGAAGAUGGCGGCUGCCACUGAUCCACACCGGCCCCUUAACCCUUCCCAUAAGUGUGGCUCCAACAGUUUUAAGUGGGUGCUAGAAACACGGCUCUGUACAACCUCCCCCUCCCCACCUCCACCGUCCCAUACAAAUAGCAAGUCCAAAUAUGAAACAAGCACCCCCACCCCCACUUCCCCAGUCUGAUGGUUUGUAUACCGCUCUGGCCCUGGUGUACGCUCCCUGCCUUAUGCGCCCCCCUCCCCUCUUGUUGCCACCUCUACUGUCUGCUCUUCCCUCUUGUAUCGGUAAUGAUGUGAUCUGUCUGUCUGUCUGUCUGUCUGUCUGUAUGCACACACCUGGGAGACCAAAACAGGCUGCUGCACAAGUCCUUCGAUCUUUUCAUGGUCGCCCUCCACAAGCGAGUGAGAUCACGCGCGACGAUGAGACGAGACGAUGAGAUGAGACGUUCAUAAGACACUAUCUAAAUUAAAAGUAACCCUUUCGGUGUUUGUUUCUGUCAGUUUUUAUCUUGAUUUGAUCAAUUUCACAACCAUGUCGGUAUUAAUGAUGUGUGAAUGAAACUGCCCCAUGUUGGGAAAACUAGUAAAGUGAUGGCUCAUGGGAAGUGUAGAUCCCAGUGUCACAAAGAAGGCUUCUUUUGUAUAGCGAAUUAUAUCAUCUCCAUUAAAGCUUGCUACUCCUCUUUAUCUUAUCACUGGUUUUUACUAAUAAAUCAAAUUCUGCCCUCAUGUGAGAUUAGUUGUUUAUGUAUAAACUGUAACUUUUUGUUCUUGAACCUAAUAAAAGAUUGAGACCCAG